GCUCUCUCAUUUUUCUACACACAGAAGAAAACAGCUGCACGUCUCUCCUGAUUCUGAGGACAGGGCAGACGGUGGACUCUGGGGAAUAAGAGGGAAGCAGUAAAGGUGUGGAAUAUUCAGUUUAUAUUUAAUGGGAUUAUGGAGAUUUCCACAUAUUUCAUCUGCAUCUUCAUGACUUGCAGUGUUUCACUGGUUCAAACAGAGGAACUCCCUCAGCUCACUGUCUUCAUCCAAUAUACAACUGGCACCACAGAAUGGAGGCAGGAUAAACAGAAGAUCAACUGGAUGAGUUGUGAAGAGAUGAUUCAGUCUGCUGUAGAAUAUCUGAUAAUAAAUAUGAAGAAGAAUGUUUCAGUUGUUGAUGUUCGCGUGAGGAUAACCGACUGUGAGACUGGAAACUCCAGCAGAUUAGAGAACAUUGUGAGCGACAUAAAUCAGUGCAGCUAUAAUAAUGACACGAGCUGCACUACAGUAUACUCUAAAAUACUCCAAAUGUAUGAGUCACUCAACUGGAAGAAAAAGUAUGAAGACUGGCUCAAGAAAUCCCAGGAGUCUUGCAGAAACGCACAAAAAGAGGAACUCCCUCAGCUCACUGUCCUCAUCCAAUAUAGAAAUGGCAUCACAGAAUGGAGGCAGGAUAAUCAGAAGAUCAACUGGAUGAGUUGUGAAGAGAUGAUUCAGUCUGCUGUGGAAUAUAUGAUAAUAAAUAUGAAGAAGAAUGUUGUUCUUGUUCGCGUGAGGAUAACCGACUGUAAGACUGGAAACUCCAGCAGAUCAGAGAACAUUGUGAGCGACAUAAAUCAGUGCAGCUAUAAUAAUGACACGAGCUGCACUACAGUAUACUCUAAAAUACUCCAAAUGUAUGAGUCACUCAACUGGAAGAAAAAGUAUGAAGACUGGCUCAAGAAAUCCCAGGAGUCUUACAGAAACGCACAAAAAGAGGAAAUCCGAGAUUCAAGCCCAGAAUUUACUAGAGUUCUGCUGGCGACCAUUUUGCCUGGAGUUCUGCUGGUGUCCGUGGUUAUCUUCAUCUAUAUUAAGAUGAGAGUAACUGGAAAAUACCCUCGUUCAAUAAAGGAUCCUUCAUAUUUUGGUUCUUUCGCUCGCCUCCCCUUCUACAGAGGAAAUAAACCCCCAGGUAAGUAUAGUUCAGGGUUUUGCCCACUGAUAUGCUUUUAGGGUAAGUAUGAACGGUGCAGUAUUCUCAAUUCUGAAUAAAUUAAAUAAAGAAACACAUUAUUUAUAAUUUUAUUUUUUUCUUUAUCAGCUGGUGAUAAAGAAGCUCAGAACAGAUUGAUUUUAGAUCUGAGCUCAGAAGAUGGAAGUCGGCAUUCCAAGGAUUUAUCCAUUUCCAGCCUGGGUAAUCCCAAUUCCAUUUCUUCCUUCUUUAACCAGAACCUC